CAAUAUGGCUGAAACUUUCAAACCAAUUCAACAGAGAUAGCAAAAUGACAAAAAUACUGGAAAUAAAAUAAUAAAUCAUGCAGUUUUUAACUUAGCUAUGAAAGGUUACAGGUCCCCCUUUUACAAAACUUUCUUUACAUCCAUAGACGCUGCAGCGCAUAACCAUUUUUUUCCUAAAUUUUAUGUGAUCAAGCAGAGCAGGCGUCUUUCGUUCCAUAGAAAUGAAUGUAAAGUAUUUCCGGACUUUCGGAAUUCGACCAGCAGUCACGUGACACUAAUGUUGGAACCGGUUGGAGGUUGCAAUAAGCUCUCUACCAGUAUAUAUCUCGUUGGUCCAUGAAUGUAUCUCAUUGCUUUCUUUGCAUUUCAUCCAUCUGGGCUGAAAGACUUAGCAGUUGCAAAACAAGACGUCUGUCUGUUUACCGACGUAAUUGCCAGACCAAAGAAUAUGUAUUGACAUUCUUUGGCCAGACAGCACCUCCCGUCAUUUAUUAAGCAUGAAUAUCUGUUUAGGACAAUUUUAACUUUACGAGUUUGAUCUAAUUCUUUACACUCCGUGGUUUGAGUUUUGAACGAAAGGCUUAGCAGUUUUGUUAAGAUUAAGUUCUCUUUCUGUACAGGAAAAUGCUUCGUAAAUUAUGUACCGUUAAGUUAAAUACUAUAUACCACUUUUAAAUAAGUAACUUCUUAAUGAGUUCUAGCGAACAUCUCUAGAAAAAUCAAAAUUUCAUGUUAUUUUAUUUUGGCGUAUAUGAUUUAGGAUGUCAACAAUGCGACCCUUGAAAUAAGCAUGGUGUCGAAUAAUCUGGCGACGAAAUUAUUGGUAGAUCUUUCUACAACACAAAAAGCACUGUAACACUUUGUAUUCGCGGCCUUUUCCACCUGUGGGGAUCUUGGCAAGUUUUAAUUCCUGUGUGUUUUGAAGCAGUGAAUGAACCAGUUAUUUUACAAGCUAAUAUCAAGUUUCUUUGUUUUGAAACUGAGAGUGAACAUAUUUGUUUACAAACUUUUUUUUUUUUUUUUUUUGGUCCCUACUGCAAACUUUUUUGCAUAUCGUCGGCAUUGAAUUGCAGAAUCAGAUAACCAGUUUUAAAUGAGUAACCUUCUUCAGUCAGUUAAGUCAUAACUAACAACUCUAGCAAAACAUAAUUUUGUACAGUCUGUAAAGUAGCAUAUAUAACAUGAUUGCAUAGUUUCAUAAUUCAAAUUUUAUUAAUGAUAGGCCAGAAACAAUAUUUAUGCAAAAUACAGCAUUAAUAUUUCAUUGUGUAUUCCCGAAAAUCUUUCCAUUUGUAUAUCACAUAUGCUAACCCUGUGCAUCUGGGCAACAUAAUUAAUGUUAGUGUGAAGGACUCAACAGCAACUGUGCUUAAAAUAAAUGUGUGCAAAACACAAACAACAUUGUAAGGUGUUGUGUGUAUCAAACUUGUCACCUUAUAUUUUUCUAUAUGAAGGAAAAAAUUUCUUUUCUAGAAGGUACGUUAAAUCUCACGAAGAAAAACUAAAGUUUUCUUAAAAAUAAUUCAUGCCUAUCCACGCAACAGAAGAUUCUUAUGUAUGUGAGGUAGGUAAUGAGUCAGUUAGAUAAAAGCAUGAAUUUAAAUGAGAAUAUACUUAUUCACAUAAGACAGAAACCUCAUGUGUGAGGUAUGUUAAAAAAUGUUUACAUCAAAAGCUAAGCUAAACCAGGAUAUGAUUACUGACACAGCAGAGAAACCUUAUGUGUGUGAGAUAUGUAAUAAGUCAUUUAGAAGAAAAUGUGAUUUAAAUAAGCAUGUACGUGCUCACAUGGGAGAGAAAUCUCAUACGUGUGAUAUAUGUAACAAGACAUUUAGAUCAAAAUAUGAUUUAAAUAGGCAUCUCCUUAUUCACAAAGGAGAAAAACCACAUAUAUGCGAGUUAUGUAGCAGGCCAUUUACUCAAAAGUCUACUUUAACUAAGCAUAUGCUUAUUCAUACUACAGAAAAACUUCAUGUGUGUGAGGUAUGUAGUGAGUCAUUUAGAAAAAAAUGUGAUUUAAACAAGCAUGUACGUACUCACACAGGAGAGAAAUCUCAUAUCUGUGAUAUAUGUAGCAAGACAUUUAGAUCAAAGUAUGAUUUAAACAGGCAUCUCGUUAUUCACAGAGGAGAAAAACCACAUGUAUGCGACUUAUGUAGCAUGUCAUUUACUCACAAGUGUACUUUAAUUAAGCAUACGCUUAUUCAUACUACAGAGAAACCUCAUGUGUGUGAGUUAUGUAACAAAUCAUUUAGACAGAAGUAUAAUUUAAAAUCCCAUAUGUUUAUUCACACAGGAGAGAAACCUCAUCGAUGUGAGAUAUGUAACAUGGCAUUCAGCACACAGGGUAAAUUAAAGAUGCAUCUGCUUAUUCACACAGGAGAAAAACCUCAUGUGUGUGAGGUAUGUAACAUUUCAUUUGUUCAUAAGUGGGACUUAAAUUAUCAUAUGCUUAUUCAUGCUGGAGAGAAGCCUCAUGUAUGUGAUAUAUGUAAUAAAUCAUUUAGGAGGAAGAUUUUCUUGGACAACCAUAUGCUUAUUCACACAGGAGGGAGACCUCAUACAUGUGAGAUGUGUAACAAAUCAUUUACUCAGAAACGUCAUUUAAAAAGCCAUAUGCUCAUUCACAUAGGAGAGAAACCUCAUGUGUGUGAGGUAUGUAAUAUUUCGUUUGUUCAAAAGUCUGCGUUAAAUAACCAUAUGCUUAUUCAUACAGGACAGAAGGCUCAUGUGUGUGAUAUAUGUAACAAGUCAUUUAGACAUAAGUUUACUUUAAGCAGGCAUCUGCGUAUUCACACAGGAGAGAAACCUCACGUAUGUGAUGUAUGUAAUAAAUCAUUUAGGAUGAAGUAUCAUCUGAAAAAACAUGCAUAUUCACAUAGGAGAGAAACUUCAUGCAUAUGAUAUACGUAAUUAGUUAUUUAGAUAAGGGAGUAAAUUAAAUAUCAUAUACUGGUUUUUGAUACUGGAGAAAAGUCUCACGUCUGUGAGGUAUGUAACAGAUCCUUUAGACAGAAGUUUCAUUUAAAAAGCAGUAUCCUUAUUCACACAGGAGUGAAACAUCAUCUAUAUAUGAUGUAUGUGUCAUUUAAAAAGUUAUAUAUUUAUUCACAAUGCAAAGAAACCUCAUGUGUGUGAGUUGUGAAAUAACUCAUUUAGAUUGAAAUGCAAUUUAAAGAAGAAUACAUGUAUUCGCACAAAUGACAAAUCUUUUAGAUAGAAGAAUUCUUUAAAUAACUAUACGCAAUUCACAAGGCAGGGAAAUUCCAUGAGUUGCAUAUGUAAUAAAUGUGUUAUGAUUUAAGAAGUGAAAGAUAUAUAUCUAUAAAUAAUAGAAGCUUAAGAGCAAAGAAAUUUCAUUUUUUGAAAGGUGUGUAACUUAUUAUUUCACAUAAAUCAUUAGUAACUCAUUUAUUUCUUUUCACAAAAGAAAAGCCUUGUGUCUGCAUGAUAAGUCAUUUUAAAGUGUUGUUGACUUAAAACAGUACUUCCAUAUCUUUGGUAUUUAACUAGUCAUGAAAGGUUUCAAGCAGCAUAUUUCUACACUGAAAAGUUUAGGAAUAUGCUGCUUUAAACCUUUCAUUCAGCCUAUUUAUUCAGUUACCAUUAUGGAUAUCACAUUCCUACCAUCUGCAGAAUUUCGCUUGAAUUGUUUCAAAGAUUGAACAAUUUCACUGAAUGGAUAUUUCAAUCAUACUUAACACUGCAAUAACACUUCUCACAUCAUUUUAUAAAAAGUACAAAAUUUCGAAAUAUAUUUUGUGACAUCUUUAGCACCGUGGGAUGUUAUUUUGGUAUUUUUCUGUGUGUAUGGAUGUAUUGUAUAUUUCUCCAUAUAAUUGCACACUUUUAAUACAAAAAUGAGAUCAAAAUUUAUGAAUGUGUAUUGUACGCCAGAUAUAAAAAAUGAUAGAUUAAAAAUAAAGAAUGAUUACUCUGAUCCAUUAAUUAAGUAAUGAUGUUCCAUUCGAUGUUGAUUCUGAAAUAUACUACACUUUUUAAAUGACUUUUGGAGUGUGUCAGGUUUAAUUUCAUUCCAUGCUUUUAUUAUCCAUUCACACAACAUUUCUAGACUAGUGUAACAGAUUUGGCCUCCUUUUUGAAAAUUUUUUUUAAUCUCUUACCAUCCAUGUGUUCCACUGUGGUUUUAAAUGUUCUUUGAAAACUUUAUUGAUGCUCCCAUAUAAAAAUUUAACUAAUGAGAUUAAUCUUCCUGGAAUAACUGCCAUGUCUGUAUUGUCGAAAGAGUUAAUCUCCCUAUUACCCAGUUGGUGGAUCUGAUGAUGUCCCAUACUAAAAGACAUUGUGGAUUCUUUAAGGCAACAGGACAUUUUUGCCAAAAAUUUCUUAAAAACAGUUUCACACUGUUUUCAUCUAUCCAUCCUUUCUCAUAAACAUAAAUGAAAACACCAUUUGGGAAAUUACAUUUUGCCAUAGUCAUUUUUUCAAAAUAAAUAUGGGUUUUAGUUUUUUCCCAUCCAGUGACUAAAGUGAUAGUAAGAGGGGAGAUUUUUCAUAUUGUUUUUAUGUGAACUAUUUUUGUUCAUUUCACAUAAUUUGUUUUAUUUGCUAUCAUAUUGAACAUUACUGGAGUUUCAUUCCUAUAUCCAGUAUGUGGCAAUAAAUAUUUUUUUUUUCCCCUUCGUAGGUCAAUAACAUACUUCUGGAAACUUAUCAGUUUGUUGUCCAAAUCGUUCGGAAGCCUUUUCGAAAUGCUCUUUUUUUUCUCGUAGAAUUAAAUUCUUUCAUGUCAUAAAUCAACUUCAUCAACUCAAUGUUGUCUUUAAAGUUUUCAUUUUGCUCACUUUAAGAGAAAUAAUAAUAAGUUGUUUCUUGUUACAAUUAAUUCAAACUAGACACAGUUCACAAACUUUGUUCUGGGAGAGGCUAUUUUAUUACUCCUGUACUAUAAAGUGCAUACUUAUUCUUUGGCAUAUUAUUGUAGUUUAAUUUUUUUUUACACUCAUGAAUGGUACUUUCACCAAUACCAAACAUGCAUCAGCAGCUCAAUUUCUACUUUCUUUCGAAAAUUGAAUGACUCUGCAUUUGAAACCAUUACUGUGUUUGUUUCGCUUGACAGGAGUUAGUAUUAAAAGGAAUACUAAGUCAACUAUAUUUCAACUAAAGCAAAUGUGAUUUACUAAAGCCAUUGAUGUUCACUUCAAAUGACUAUAAAAAUAGAAAAUAUCUGUCUCCUAAUUCCAUAAAUUCAUUCAAAUGGGAAGUGCAGUUUUUCGCCAGAUUAUAUAUACCCCUUGUCUCGAAACUAGCUAUCUCAGCGACACGAGUUUUUUUUAUCUGGCAAGAAGACCUGUAUCUAAACAGCAUAUAUUAGGUAAAUUCCAGUAAUUACUUAUUCUAGUCUCUAUCUUCAUAAACUUAUAUUCAUCAAGAUGAUACUUAUAUUAAUGGAAAUAAGAAAGCAAAAUAUCUUAAAUUAUAAGCUAAUAAAUUAAACUACUUAAGCUUAAAUUAUAAGCCAAGUGAUGAAAUGUUUCAUGACCAAAUAAAGCUAGUCAUACCCCUCGGAUGGCUGCAGUAACAUUUUUGUGUGCAGCUGCAUUGAAUACAACCCACUUUCUCUCCAGAAUUAUUUAUGCCUUGAAGCAUUUCCCCUUAUUGCUUGUCAGUUCCAUAUACCAUUGUUCUUAAGUCUGAGAAAAGUGUUCAAAUGAAUGACUUCAGAUAAUAGCAUCCCACAUAUAUUUUUAAGGUUUCUUCAUAAAGAAAAGGGUGCACAGUAUAUGGUGAAGUAAACUAAAAAUUAAAAAGUACAGUUUAAAAAUACAGGUGCAGGUUAAUCCUCUAUCAUAUAUGUUUCUGUUAUGCAGGACUGGACGUUGAAAGGGACAUUUAAGAGCCCAAAUUUCCACGAAGUCUGCAUAGCUAGGUUACCAUUUUCCCUUACUAAACAGAUUUGAAUGUUAAACAGUAAUCGAUUAUCAUGCAGAUUGGCAAAACAGUCAUUUGUUUUCAAAUUUUAUGCUGCAUCGCUCUUAGGGAAGCAUUUCAGUAUUUUCUUUUUGACAUUUGAACUUGUUUGUUGUUAUGGAAGACUAAAUGUAGUACGAGUCAAAUACAUAUAAGUUUUACUAUAUUUCAGUACUUUCAUAAAUACUACACUAUAUCAAAAUAGCACAUAUUUUGAAUUUUAUAACUUCCUUCUUGUUUGUUUCGUCGCUUAGAGAAAAACUUAAAAUGUGUACAACAAAGAACUCUUAUUUAAAGCAGUUAAUAAUAAUGAGUUAUUUAAAAUUAGAUUAUGUUUGUCAUUAAAACUCCUAAAGCUUUUGUUGAUUUUGUAAUACUUUCAUACAUCUUUUAACCAGAUUCAUAUAUGUCUAUUUUGCUUACUAUAUUGUUACAAUAUACUCAUAUUUAUGCCAUACUGUAACCUAGUAAAAAACAAAUAAUUCAGAGUGGUCAAUCAAUUUUCGAAGUCACUUCUGAAAUAGUAAAUAUGAAUAUGUGUAUAAAAUAUAUAAUUAAUGUUAACAGAAAGUGAGACUAAACUAGAAAUCAGGUUUUGUAAUUUUUCUAUUGGAACUUGUAGAUAAAAACUAUCCAACUGAAAUGUGUAUUUCAAAUGCGAUCAGUCACUUUGGACAUUUUAUAUUCCUCAAAAUAAAAACAAUAUUAUAUACUCACUGAA